GAAGUCCUGAUGGAGUAAGUGAGUGCAUAAGUGGGGCCGGAAAGACCGAGGAGACAGACUUAGCGAGGGGCAACUGAUCCACAGUGAACAGGCCUAUAUACGUACGCGUACAUGCAUGCACUCAUACGUUCACUAGAAGUGCAUUCCAACAUUGAUUCAUUCUUAGAGCCUGAAUGGGGGCGUGAAUAUUCACCCGGCUCCUAGUGUUGCGUCUUCUAUUGACCGUGAUUCCGUGAUUCCCUGAUUGGGUGCUAUAGGUGCUAUAGGUGCAGCGGGUGUACCGCCGCUUUAGCUAGACGUCCCAUCGAGGUGGUGGGUGGUGCCCUUCAGCCCACAUAAUGGCCGCCGCCUUAGGGGCGUACGGUGCAGGGGGGGCCGCUGCCACCCGUGAGAGCCUCUUGGCCACGUUGACCGCACUUCGUUCGCAUCACGACCGUGAUCUGCGCGUGGCUGAAGAGCAACUCAAACUCUGGGAGACUUCGCCCGGAUUCUAUGCCGCCCUAGUGGAUAUCGUGCUCAACAGCGAAAGCAUCCCUAUGGAAGUUCGGUGGCAUGCUGUGCUCUACUUCAAGAACGGGAUUGACAAAUAUUGGCGGAAAACCGCACCCAACGCCCUAACCGAGGAGGAAAAGUCGCACAUUCGGGGCCAACUUUUGCAGAGUUUCUCGGAACCCGCCCAGCCCAUUGCCUUGCAAAUCGCCGUACUCAUGGGCAAAGCCGCCAGACUUGAUGUUCCCAAAGAUUGGCCUCAAUUGAUUCCAGCCCUCCUCGAGUCUGUGCAAUCGCAUACGGAUAUCAUUCAGCACAGAUCCCUAAUGGUAAUGCAUCACGUGAUCAAAUCACUGGGAUCAAAACGGUUAGCGGCUGACCGGAGAGUGUUCCAUGACAUGAUCCGCCAACUUCUGCCUUAUGUGAUCCAAAUCUGGCAAACGCAUCACUCGAUAUUCAUGCAACAGACCUCCCAGCAGCAAAUUCAAUCCAUGUCCAUAUCCCUAGAGAAGGCCACCUUGUCCCUAAAGGUGCUAAGGAAAUCCAUCGUCCAUGGUCUAAAGGUUCCCCACGAAAACGUGGACGCAAUGAGAUUCCUGAACAUGGUUCCACCCUUGGUUGGAGAUGUUCUCAAACUUCGAAACGAUUAUCCUCAACUUCGGGAAGCGUUGGAAAAGUAUCUCGUGCUGUUUCUUAAACUUUUGUCAGACCUUUUGGACAAUCAUCCGUUCUCCUUCCUUCCCGUCCUUAAGUCUACCCUGGACUUGAUAUGCUUCUCUUGCUUCACUGCCGAAGGUCAGAAGCUCGUGUUUCAACGGUUUUCUAUCUUCGCCUUGAAUCUAUUGAAGCAAACGUUACUCUGCGUCGAGUAUAAACCACCGAAAAAUCCAGACUACGAACAAGCGAAAGAAUCCGUACAUUCGCUCACCAACGAAGGCCAUACCAUAAAAGCGUCGUUUUUCUCUGAAGCGAUUGUGAAGCGGAUUUGCGAGUGUCUUAUAUCUCACUAUCUUCCAUUGACUGAGGAUGAUCUUGCUCUCUGGGAUGCGGACGGAGAAGAAUACGUGUGCGAAGAUGGUGGGGAUAGCUGGAAGUACAGCUUCCGUCCCUGUUGUGAAACGCUCUUUUUGAGCUUGAUCCAUGAAUUCAAAACUAUGCUGGUGCCUUGUCUGGUGUCAUUGGUUCAUCAAAACAGCUUACCAGUGCCAUCGACAGAUUUGAAUGCAAUCCUCUACAAGGACGCCGUUUACAACGCAGCGGGACUCACAGCCUUUGACCUUUUUGAUGAGAUUGAUUUUGAUCGAUGGCUUGUUUCUGGAUUAGAGCCCGAGUUAGCCAUAAAGGAUUCCAACUACCGAAUCAUCAGACGACGAGCUGUAUGGCUCCUAGGACAAUGGUCUGGGGUGAAAUUGUCCCCUCAACUACGACCCAAGCUCUAUCAGAUGAUCAUCCCGUUAUUACACGGCCAAGAAGAUCUCGUAGUGCGAAUUACCGCUGCCAAGUCCUUGAAGGUGGUCAUUGAUGAUUUCGAGUUCUGCUCUGAGGAAUUCGAGCCUUUUCUUGGAACGAGUUUCGGUCAACUAUUUCAGCUCUUGAAAGAGGUCAAGGAAUGUGAUACAAAGCUGAGUGUCCUCAAUGUGUUGUCUUACAUUAUUGAGCGAAUGGGCGUGUCGAUCCGCCCUCUUUGUUCGGACUUGGUCCAAUACCUACCAGCCUUAUGGGAAGCCUCCAACGAUCACAACAUGCUCCGAUGUUCCAUUCUCACCACUUUGGUUUUUAUUGUCCAGGGCUUAGGAACGAUCAGUGAAGGUCUGGCACCUUUCUUAUACCCCGUGAUUCGAUUGUCCACGGAUCUUAAGGAUCCCUGCAGCGUGUAUUUGCUCGAGGACGGACUUGAGCUUUGGCUAACAGUACUGCACAACACAAAACAGAUGAAUCCCUCGCUCUAUGAAUUGUCAGCAAAUAUCUCGUCUCUCUUAGAAUUGGGGAGCGAGAACCUCCGGACGAUGAUUUAUAUCCUUCAAGCAUACAUAUUACUCUCCCCACAUGACUUUCUGACCAACAGAGGACAGCAAAUUGGAAAGACCCUCGAGGAAAUGGUCACGGAUCUCUUGGACGAAGGCGUGCUAAUGGUUUUACGUCUCACCGAAUUGGAGCUCAAGGUGGGCCCAUCGCCCACGCCGUUCAAAGGCCUCAUAUGUCUUUCUCUUCGAUCAAUAUACGAGGGUGACGAUUUCCCCAUGGUGAUGAGCCUUCACCUGUCGAUUGCAUCUCGACUCUUAAUAUCGUAUCCUACUGAGUUCAAUCAGUAUUCCAUUGAAGUGGCACAGAUUCUCCAAAAGCCUCACCACGAAGUUGCAGGUCGAAUCUUGGAUGUCUGGUUAGACAAAAUGCUACAAGUGACCCAACCCGACCGCAAGAAGCUCCUGUCUCUAGCCUUGUCCUCCCUGCUAACCUCAGGCUCCUCAGUGGUUUUGGACCGGAUAUUUGCCAUUAUAUUGAAUGUGACCGAAACUCUCAACGAUAUUACGAGACAAGAUGAUCAGAUCGGAGGCCAUAUCGAUGCCCUGAUCAAAAGCCCUGCGGAUUUGGCGGCCGAAGGCGAUGACCUCGAUUAUGAAACCGAGCAUGAUCAGCGGAAACGAGACGUGGCGGCCCAAGAUCCAGUGCACACCAUCAUCCUCCGGGAUUAUUUGCAGGCGCAGAUCCAAAGUUUCAAGAAUCAAAUCGGCGAGACCCGCUACAAGGAUAUUAUGACCAACGUGGACGUAGAGACCAUGGCCAAUUUGAAGGAGUUUGUCGUUCUGUAAUGUAUGAUGUGCUUGCUCAGCCAAUAAAUUAGUGCCAACAUCUCUAAAAA